GAUAAAUCUUUUCAAACUUGAAUAGUUCCCUCUAUUUCUUUGUUCCCUUUUCUUUAUUUAAACAUCAAACCUUACUAACUUCACAGUUCUUCAUAUCUCAAAUAACUGGCUUCAUCCUUUAUCUCUCUGCCCUCAAUCAACAAAUAUAAUAAUCAUAUUUACACAAACAUUCAGACAUUCAUUUGACAGCUGUUCUUCUCAAUGCUGUCCCCUUAACUCCUCACAUUUUUCAGGUUUGAACAAGUAAAGUAACAAAUACAAACAUAUACCAUAAAAAAGGGGGAUAAAAAUGAAGUACAUUCGAUCUGCAAGUUUGAAGCGCUUAUUCUCCAAACGACGUCGCUCUAUAACUAGCACUGAAGAUUCAGGGUUCGUUCAACGACAUGAACAGAAUACCCAGUUUUCAAAUCAUGAUUUAACAGAAUCUGUGUGUUUUCCUCAGAAACCCACUUGGAGAUGUUUCUCUUUUGAAGAAAUCUUUUCUGCUACUAAUGGCUUCUCCUCAGAAAAUUUGGUGGGAAAAGGAGGGUAUUCAGAGGUAUACAAGGGUGAGUUGAAAGAUGGAGAAAUGGUAGCAGUGAAGAAACUGACAAAAGGAAGUAAUGAGGAGAAGAGAGAAAGAGAAUUCUUGACAGAAAUAGGAACAAUUGGACAUGCUUCCCACCCAAAUGUUUCAUCACUCUUAGGAUGUUGUAUUGAGAAUGGUCUUUACCUUCUUUUCCCCUUCUCUCCUAGAGGCUCUGUUGCCUCUAUUCUUCAUGAUGAAAGUAGUCCUCCAAUGGAAUGGGAAGUUAGACACAAGAUAGCAAUUGGGACAGCCAAAGGGUUGCAUUAUUUGCACAAAGGGUGUCGAAGAAGGAUAAUACAUAGAGACAUAAAGGCCACAAAUAUUUUAUUAACUCAAGAUUUUGAGCCACAAAUUUCUGAUUUUGGGCUUGCAAAAUGGCUCCCAUCCCAGUGGACUCAUCACUCUAUUGCUCCUGUUGAGGGCACUGUUGGAUAUUUGGCGCCUGAAUAUUUCUCUCAUGGUAUUGUUGAUGAAAAAACAGAUGUUUUUGCAUUUGGAGUGUUUUUAUUAGAGCUUAUUUCUGGUAGAAAACCAGUGGAUGCCUCUCAUCAAAGCUUACGCAGUUGGGCAAAACCAUACCUUAAACGAAACGAGAUUGAAAAAUUGGUUGACCCAAGACUUGAAGACGCCUUUGAUGACAUGCAAAUUAGAAGACUUGCUUUUGCUGCCUCCCUUUGCAUUCGUUCUUCAACUACUUGGCGUCCUACCAUGACUCAGGUUUUGGAAAUAAUGAAUGGAGAGGAUAUAGAUGAAGAGAGAUGGGAAAUGCCAGAGAAAGAAACACAAGAUCAAGAGGAGUUUUGGGAUUUUGAAGAUCUUGAUUAUGAGUGUGAUACGUCAUUCUCAACAUCAAUACAUGACUCAAUCUCCACCAAAAGCUCAUAAAAUCAACUAUAUAUGAAUAUAAAGAAAAAAAAAAAGAUUCAUAAAUGGCAAUACUCUUCUUGUAUAUAUGACAAAUAAAUGUGUAGGAUUAAUCUUUAAUUAUGUGGUAAUUCAUGACUUAUAAAUUUACCAUGAAAGUAAGUUUUAAUUAAGUAGAUGUAGCUAGUUUUCUUUGUGAUGAGUUCUAUGUUUUAAGUUUUGCAUAUAUGUAUUUUAUUAGAUAAUGUUGAUCAUAUACAAAUAAAGUAUGAAUUCACUUUC